AUGGCUCUUAACACCGUCAACCAUGCACUACAGGCGUCUCUGAGUUCUUGGCCCACCUUGCUCAAAUGCUUCCGCGAAAGUCCCGGUGUAGACUCGGUCUAUAAGACGCCAAAUAAAUGUUCCCUGAGUUACUUCAGAGCCGUCGAGAAAGCCAACUGCUUCUCCAUGUGGCCCUCACUCAAUGGAUCUCUCAUCUUGGACUCCCUCUGGCAUCCUCUUCGGGCGUUAUAUAACCCUCCUUCCGAGUUGUCAGCGCAAGGCCAACGUAGCCCAAAAUUGCGAGCUCAGAGUAGAAGCUCUUCGUUUUCGGCUCAGCCAUCACCACAAACGGCGACAAGACCACCACGUUCAAACGUUCCGUCUGGGCGGUAUCUUACAGACGAGGAGGCCGCACAUAUCAUCAUGGUCUGCCUACAGGCAAUGUUUGGGCGCGGUGGCAUCAUGCAGACGUGGCUCGGAAACAAAUAUUUCUACGAGGGACGGGCUCUGGGAAGAACUUAUGCUGUCGACUCCGUGCAGGGUAAAUCGCCCGAUAUAGGCUAUAUUGAUGAAAUCGACCAUGAGCCCACGAGAAGGUUGUUCCGUGCGGUUGUUCGGGCACUUGGCGUUAGGCGUUGCUUUGACGAGAUUGCAAAGACGACGGGCAAGUCCGAGGCAACCCCUGCCCGAUCACCAAAUCCCCUUGAGAUUGAAGAGGAAGUGCACAGCCAUUGCAAAGUUUUGAAGCUCAUACUUGAGUACUUCGUCGUCGGAAAAAAAGACCUCCGCAAGAUUCCUUGCCAGGACGGGGUGCUUUUGGUGGCGAAGGCCAGCCCAUCGGCCAGAAGACAUAUUGCUUACGUCUAUACAUUCAUCGACAUGCUGCAGUCGAUCAUCUUGUAUGAAUGGGACGGAAAAGCCGAACUUCAUCGAUGGUCGCCGGUUGGCGCGGCUAUUGACAUUCUCGCGGACAUUUACAAAGACCGCGAUCUCUGGGGCAUCCCAGCGGAACGGUUUGCGAUGCAGUAUAUCCCCAAUCGCCUUGAUCCCAUCUCAACACCUCUCUCCUACAUUUCCUGGAACCGCACACCCAAUACCUCGCAUCUCCUUUCGUUUCCGUUCCUCUUCCCUAAACCUAUCAUCACGGCUUACUUCCGCACUGUCACCUUUUCCAGUCUCUCUAAUGCCUAUAACGCCGCCACAUACACAAAAAACCUCUUCGAGAAAUGGGGCCACGAAGUAUCCCACGAAUCCGACUUUCCUGAUGCGCACGAAAAUCGUCAAGACUAUCUCGAAAGCCGCAUGAGUCGAGCGAUGACUCGGAUGCUCUACCUCGACUGCAAGCGAGGAACCGUCCUCCAGGACGCAUUCACCCAGCUCUGGGGCCGCGAAUUGCGGGAGCUGAAACGACCGUUAAAAGUGCAGCUCGGUUUCGGUGAAGGCGAAGAGGGCCUCGAUCAUGGUGGCGUCAGUCAGGAGUUCUUUGGUGUCGUCUUCGGCCCCGCAUUCGUUGAGGAUGCCGGUCUCUUCGUGACCGAUAAACGAUCACAGAUGACCUACUUCCGGCCACUGUCGCCUGCUUCUCUGGACCAUUUCGAAUUGGUCGGGCUCCUCGUCGGUCUCGCUCUGUACAAUGGCUGCACGAUUCCCAUCAAUUUCCCGCAGGCGGUAUAUAGAAAACUCCUCGGACAGCCGGUUGACCGCAUUGAACAUAUCAAAGAUGGAUGGCAAGAGUUGGCUCAGGGUUUCGAGCAGCUUCUCUUGUGGGGCAGCCGCCCCGGUCAGGAGGAGGAUGUCAGCGAAGUGUUCAUGCGGGAGUAUAUAUACACCUUUGACUGCAUUUCGGGUCCGGUCGACGUCGACAUGAAUGCAAUUGACAGAGACAAAGUUUGGCCUGAUCUACUGAAAGAAGCGACUGAGAGUGUAGCGAUCAUGGUCGAUAACUCCAACCGCAAGCGGUACGUACAGGAUUACAUUUACUGGAUGAUCCACAAGAGCGUGGAACCGGCGUACGAGGCUUUUGAGGACGGAUUCUACACCGUCAUCGACAGACGCGCGGUUUCGAUGCUCUCUCCAGAACACCUGGCCGUCCUGAUGGCAGGCCACUCCAACCUGUCGGCAAUCGGCCUCUACCGCGCCGCCACCUACGAAGAGGGCUACUCCCGCUACCACCAAACGAUCCUCGACUUCUGGCAGAUCGUGAUGGCCUUUGACGAGAAGAAGCUGCGACGGCUGCUGGAGUUCGUCACCGCGUGCGACCGCGUGCCGGUGAACGGCAUCGAAGACGUGGCAUUUUGCAUUGUCCGGAACGGAAGCGACUCGGACCGCAUCCCGCAGAGCAUGACGUGCUAUGGGAAGUUGUUGCUGCCGCAGUAUGACUCGAAGGCGAAGUUGAACGAGAAGUUGAACGUGGCGUUGGAGAAUAGUCUUGGGUUUGGUGCGGCGUAA